CAGUGCCUACAAUACUAAGAGACUGGUUGCAUCAGAAGCAGAGCUGGAAAGCCAUCUUUGCUAGCUGCUGAGAGUGAGAGAAACAGCAGAACCUUAGGAGAUCCGCAGACUGUCUGACAGAAAACAAUGUCAGUCCCAGCUCCCACCCAAGGUGCCGGAGGUUCCACAAUUCCUGGGGCAGGAGGGCCUCCUCCCCCACCCAAUGUGACCAGUAACAGAAGAUUGCAGCAGACACAAGCUCAGGUCGAUGAGGUGGUGGACAUCAUGCGUGUGAACGUAGACAAGGUUCUAGAAAGAGACCAAAAGCUUUCAGAGCUUGACAACCGGGCAGAUGCAUUACAAGCUGGUGCCUCACAGUUUGAAACUAGUGCAGCCAAAUUGAAGAGAAAAUACUGGUGGAAAAACUGCAAGAUGAUGAUCAUCCUUGGUGUAGUAUGUGCAGUCAUUCUUAUUGUAAUUAUAAUUUAUUUCUGCACUUGAAAAAACAACGAGGGGAAGGCUUGGCAUGGCUUGGUUCAUCUUUUCUGAUGUUCUCUUAUUGAACUCUGCUUUUUAAUUCCUGGUGUCUUGGGGAGUUUUGCCUGUAAUAAUCCGUAAGCAUUCAGUGUAGUGUGUUUGGUAUUAUGCUGUUUCCACAUGAAACUGUACCAGCUAAAUACUGCCAAGUAAUUCCAUGCGUUGUCUUAUCAUUGAGUCUUAAAAUGCAUCCGCAAUGACCUUCAGAAACUGUAAUAUAUGAAAAGCAUCCUAAACUUUUCAGAAUAAUAAGAGAACAGUUAUGGGGAAAGUCCUUACUUUAAAAGGACACUGUCAUGUAGUUUAGCCCCCAAAUUAAGAUUUUUAUUAAAUAGUAGGACCAAAAUCUUCAAACCUGGGGGCCUAAAUUACACUUCAAAAUCCAUAUCUAAACAUACAAAUAAAUGUGGCCCGAUUCAUCUAGAGCACCUGCUGAUUCUGUUUUAGCAAUGGGAGCUGCAGAUGUUUAACGAAUUUGAAUAUCAAAUUACUUGUAUUUAGGUGUCUAAAUAUGGACUCUGGAGCCUAAUUUUAGGCAUCCAGGUUUGAAACUAUUUGGUCUAGGUUCUGUACAACAAUAGGAAUGCUUUCAUGGAUUUAAACUUUCCAUUGGGUUGUUUCCUAUACAAACACUGUGGCAGCAUUGCUAGUGUAUGAGAACCGGAAGGAGAACCGAUGAGAAGCAAGAAUGAUACUGACAAGAAAACAAAUAUCAUAAAUAACCAAAAAAACCUUAGAUCAUUAAUAAGCCAAGAUGGCGGCCCUCAGAUUUAUGCUUAAUUUGAUGGCACUUGAACCCCAGUUCUGCAAACACUUAUGCCCAUGUUUAACUUUAAGCACAUGAGAAUCUUACUGAAGUCAGGGGGCUCUGCACAGUUGCAGGGAUAUGCCCAUAUGCAUCAAUUUUCAGGAUUGGGGGCCUUUUUCCAUGGAAUCUCACCAAAUGAACCAUUUGAAAAUCCAUCAGUGGGAGAUUGUGGGUGAGAAUUGUGGCGGGGAGGACCCAUUAAAGGACAGUUCUUUUAUAAAGUGGUCCAUGGAAUGAAAAUGUCACAGAACUGCUGAUCUGAGGCAUUGUUAGUAGUAACACAAGUAAGCAAUCUAUAUGUGUCUUAAACUGACAGCAUCCCCUUUUUAAAGGGGCUCUGUUGAGAUAUUUUUUAUACUUUUUUAAAACUCACUGUUUAUAUUCUGUUUACAAUGGCCCUUGUUGAUUAUGGAAGUUUGAAACUGAAAUAGAUUUUCAUUUCAAAUUUUUUUCCCAUUGUCCACAGACACACACACUGGCCUGUUGUUAUAGGGUUGCUCACAAGUGGUGAGCUUCUGGCUUUGCAUUAGGAUUUUUUAAGCACUGAAUAAUUUGUUUAGAGGAGGGAGGGAAUACUAUCCAGAGAGAAUAUUAGUUUUUGUUUUCAAACAAAUGUAACAAAUACAAAUAAAGACGUGUCAAAUUUGGGGCCUAAUGAUCCUGACAGGGUCCAUGUAGAGUGUUAACUGAUAAGUUUUCCGCAGGAUUUUGAAAGGGUAAUUGUUGGAAUAAAUACCCGAAGAAGUAUUUGUUUUUUUGUUUUUAUCUUUGGCUGCCAUAGCCAAAAUUUGUAAACGUAUUGAUACGCCUGUAAAUAUUCUCAUUGUAAACCACCAUUAAAUAUGGUGUUAGAGAAAACCCAAAACAGAUAGUUAAGCCAAUCAGUAUAUAUACACUAAUGUGACAUUGUAAUGGACAUAUAUACAAAUUGUACUUAAGCAGAAUUCUGAAGAGAAAAUAAUGGCUAGUUGAAAGGCUCUAGUUACUUUAUUGGUUGCUGUCUAUUUAUUGCUUUAUUUUUACAUGUUCCAUAUGACAUAGAGAAAUAGCAGAUGCCCACAGCCUUAAUGAAAUGGAAAUGUCAUUUUGAAAGCUACUGAUGUAUUACUGGGCUUAAUGAUAUGUCCUGCUUACUUCAAUCUUGUGAGGGAAUAAAUGCACAAACUCCAAAAGCUCAUUGACUAGGGAUAGAACGUUUGUUUACUCUAAAGUAAUUAAGGACCUGAUCUUGUGAGGUGCUGAGUGCCAUUCCCAUUGACUUGGCAGUCUGCAGGAUAGGGGACUGCAGUCCAUCUUGGAAACUUUUUUUUAACCAGAAAAACAAUUGUCUGGCUCUUGUAAAAAAUAACUGCCACUCUAACAUUUAGUAGUACAUUACUCCCUAUGUAAACUGAUUUAUUUCCAUGAGACUGCUAAAAGCUUGUAUAGAGGAGGGAAAUUUGCACUAGUGUAAUUAUGUCUAUGUAGCUAUACCAGUGAAAACCCUAAUGCAGCCAGGGCCAGCUCCAGGCACCAGCUUGUCAAGCAGGUGCUUGGGGCGGCCACU